UUUAUUGCCAUAUAUUAAAAACAAAAUAAAAAUGCGUGAAUGCUUAUCGAUACACAUUGGCCAAGCUGGAGUGCAAAUUGGUAACAGUUGCUGGGAACUUUACUGCCUUGAACAUGACAUACAACCCGAUGGUACACCUAGUAGCACAACCAGUAUCAAUGAAUGUUUUGAUACCUUUUUUGUCGAUACCGUCACGGGAAAAAAGAAGCCAAGGGCAUUGAUGAUCGACCUAGAACCUACUGUAAUAGAUGAGAUCAGAACUGGAAAGUAUCGGCAACUUUAUCAUCCAGAGCAACUUAUAAAUGGUAAAGAGGAUGCAGCAAAUAAUUAUGCUCGUGGAUAUUACUCAGUGGGGCAAGAGCUUCUCGAUGUAGUCACAGAUCGUAUCCGAGUUUUCGUCGAACAAUGUCAGAGUUUACAAGGAUUCUUUCUCUUUCAUUCAUUCGGAGGUGGCACCGGUUCUGGUUUCACAUCAUUGCUUAUGAAAAAGCUAGAAAAUGAUUAUGGAAAAAAGAGCAAACUUGAGUUUACCGUUUAUCCAGCCCCUCAAGUAUCGACAGCUGUGGUGGAACCAUACAAUACCAUUUUGAUGACCCAUGCAACAAUUGGUUUUUCGGACUGUACAUUCAUGGUAGACAAUGAGGCAAUUUAUGAUAUUUGCUAUCGAAAACUCGACAUCGGGCGACCCACCUACAUUAAUCUGAAUAGGCUUAUUAGCCAGGUGGUGUCUUCGAUAACCGCUUCUUUACGUUUCGACGGAGCUCUCAAUGUCGAUCUCGCUGAGUUUCAAACGAAUCUCGUGCCUUAUCCUAGGAUACAUUUUCCUUUAGUCUCGUAUGCACCCGUCAUAUCAGCAGAUAAAUCUUGCCAUGAAAAUCAAACAGUAUCACAGAUUACUUCUGCAUGCUUUGAAGCUGGUAAUCAAAUGGUCAAAUGCGAUCCUAAAGAUGGAAAAUACAUGGCCUGUUGUCUUCUUUAUCGAGGCGACGUGGUUCCCAAAGAUAUUAACUCAGCUAUCAGUUCAAUAAAAGCCAAAAGGAACAUAAGAUUCGUUGAUUGGAGCCCAACUGGUUUCAAAGUUGGAAUUAACUAUCAAUCUCCAACUGUUGUACCUGGUGGAGAUCUAGGAAAAGUACAGCGGGCAGUUUCAAUGCUGUGUAAUACAACUACCAUAAACGAAGCUUGGACAAAGCUUAAUCACAAAUUUGAUCUAAUGUUUAAUAAACGUGCUUUCGUUCAUUGGUAUAUUAGUGAAGGAAUGGAGGAGAGCGAAUUCUUAGAGGCGCGCGAAGAUCUUGCAGCCCUUGAGCGUGAUUAUCAAGAAGUUGGGAGUGACUCAGUAUUGAACGAUUAUAAUGAUUAUUAAAUAUUUCAUCGGUAUGUGCCAGUAUCACACACUCUUUUAUUUAUUGUAA